UUAGGCUGGUGGUCCUAGUGAGGUUAUGUCACUGUCACAAUUCGGACAUUUCAAAUAACAAAUGCUGUAUUAUUUCCCACAGCGCGAUUGCAUUCGUAACGUUUAGGUUGUGAACGGAAAACGGUGGUAGGUGUGCUGGCGCAUGUGAUAUUAUGAGCAAGAUGACCAAAAAUGCUCACGCCGUCGACAAUUCGGUCGCCGAACGAAGACUGAGGGCCAUAUACGAAUGGCUGGACUGCUCGAACAACAAGAAGGCGCUGCAAGAAUGCGACAAGGUGCUGAAGAAGACGCCGAACUUCCAGUGCGCCAGGGCGCUGAAGGCGCUCACGUUGCACAGGAUGGGGAAAGACAACGACGCCGUUCACAUACUGGACGAGCUGACGCAGGAGAACCCCACCGACGAGCCGACGUUGCAGGCGAUGACUUUGUGUUGUCGAGAGAUGGAGAAGCUGGACAGGAUAAUAAAACUGUACGAGAGUGCGGCCAAAGUGGACCCAAGCAAUGAAGAGAUCCAGACGCAGUUAUUUAUGUCGCACGUUCGUGUGGCCAACUUUAAGGCAUCCCAGAACGUGGCCAUGAUUCUGUACAAGCACCGGCCCAAAAACCCGUACUACUGCUGGGCCGUCAUGUCGAUAAUUUUGCAGGCGACAAGGGGUGAAGGAUCCACAGAUCCUGUCAAGAAAAAACUGCUCUUGAGCCUGGCAGAACGUAUGAUGGUCAAAUUAAUACAAGACAAUAAAUUGGAGGCGGAACAAGAGGUGCAGCUGUAUGUUAUGGUACUGGAGGCGUUGGAGAAGUAUGAUGAGGUACUUCAAGUGCUCCAUGGGCCGCUAGGCAAGAAAUUAACUGGCGCUGGGGUACCACAGAUGAAAAUCAAGUAUCUGAAACUGUUAAACAGAUGGGCCGAAGUCAAUGUUAUUUGCAAGGUUGUCUUGUUGGAGAAUGUGGAUCGCUGGGACAUUUGGUUGCAAUACAUCGAAUCUGUGUUACAUUUGGAAAAUGGUUCAAAAGAAGUCAAUAAAGAAUGCAAUGGAAUUAGUGAAACAGAAGCACCCGACGACACGUUUGAGAAAGCCCACGAAUUUAUUUGUCGCAUCGUUGAAACUGGUUCCGGAAAUAAUUUUUCUUUACGAGGUCCGUACCUGGCACGUUUCGAGCUGUGCUCGAAGCUGCGGGACAAAGGCCUAGACGCCGGCGACAUGCUGGGCGACGUCACGGAGCUGUUCAUCGAGUAUUUCCGCAAGUUCGGCUACAAACCUUGCUGCGUCUCCGACCUACGACUGUAUCUGCGUCUGUUGGACGACGAAAAAAAGCUGGAUCUGGCCACCAGACUCAUCAAGGACGUGGGAAUCAACAGCUCUUUCUGCAUACCUUUGUCCGUGGACCAAAUGCAGAGGCACAUAGGUGCCCUGCAACUGUCCAGGCUGUGCGGCAGCCAUCGCAACCUGACGGCUGAGCAUCAGAACGCCUUGGUCACGGCUCUGAGUUUGCACUACAAUCACGGUCACCAGAACUUCGGUACUGGACUUUUAGUCACCGACAUGGGUCCGGCUGAUGGUUAUGCCCUGUUGGCUGCGCAUGUGCUGAGUGAUUUGGCGGAAUUGCAGCAAAACUCCGAUUAUUUGCUGGUGGCGCUUGUGUUGCUCAGUUCGUUGCUCAAAAACUCUCCCAGUAAUUUCCACGCCAAGUUGUUGGCCCUUAAAAUCAACCACAACAUCGGAAACGUUAUUAGUGCUCAAGAAAUGUACAGCAGUCUGGAAGUUAAGCACCUCCAGUUGGAUUCGUUGGGCUACGCCCACUGUGCCAGACUACCGACCACGGGUCUCUUCUCGGCCUGCGGCCCCUUAUACGACACGACAAUCUCCUUCUUCACCUCCAACUACAAAGACAGUUCUGACCACCUGACCUUCUCGUACAAGUUCGGCUCGUUCCUCAAGCUCGACGAAUUCAUGGACUUCCGGGAGCGGCUGCGCCUGAGCCUGCACUGCGCCCUCGUGGAAGCCGACAGGGCCUAUUUGGAUUUAGUCGAGGGUCCGACCGCAGGACGUCCUCUAGACUUGGGUGAGACGACGUUACGUGACGGUUCACCGGAGGACUCGUUGCGUAAUAACUACGACGCCGCUGUGUACGCGUCGUGGGACCCGGAGCGGGUGGCUGGACGACUGGAUGAAAGGCAGGAGAAGGAGGCGUUUACCAAGUCCACGAAAACGUUCUUGAAACUGCGCACUGGCAUGUUGACCUGUCUGCGCAAGGCCUUCGAUUUGGGGAAGGCCGACGAGAGUACCCGUCCCACCGCCUUGAACGACUUGGACUCUGCCCUGCGUACUUGGAAUAACCUGCACAAGGAGGCGCCCAACGACGUAAGCACAAUACCGGUGCGCUGGUGGCCGCCGUCGCGCCUCGACGCCGCCCUCCUAGUACCAAGCGUUGGUACAGCCGGCGCCCUGUUGGAGCUGUUGGUGGCAAUAGCCGGGGACGACGUGGAACGGGGGAAGAAGGCGGUGGAGCAGCUGAAAUGCGGGCUGUGCUCGCUGAACAGCUGUUGGGGCAGCGAGGACGCUGCCAAGGACAGUUACUUGCCACAAAGGAGGCGGACCAUGGAGACGAUAGUCAACUGUACAGAGCUGGUGUCGGUGUCGUCGCUAGUCUGCGGCCUGUGUUGCGACGUGCCGCGCUCCCGUAACGCCGCAGGCGGUCGGAAGUCGAAGAAGAAGUCCAACGCGUCCGACUCCACGCUGGAGCUGGUGAAGGAGGCGGUCUCGCUGGUCGCCGACGCCACAACGAAGUUGGCCGAAGCCGUGGAGGCGUGGUCGACGAAUUGCGCCACCUGCGACGCCACCAAGCUGCUCGAGGGGCUGAGUCUGGGUGGCGUGGAGGUCGCAUCGGCCGAAGGGCUGUACAAGACGGUCGUUGACAGUCACGGCCUCUGCGUGAGGGAGGUGACGGCCGCCCUCAAGUCCAAGGCCAAGUACUUGAACACUCUGACUGUGUGAUUGCGAUUGGUCAUUUAUUUUUUGUUGUAGUUACAGAAAAAUAAACGCGAUUUUUAAUACGA